CAGCCUCAGACAUCUGGGACACAAACCCACCCCUGGAUCUGGAACUUCCAGACAAAACUGUCUGUGGACGGUGUACCUGGGCACAUCAGCAGAUGGGCUGUUAUGUUUCUGGAGGGCUCAAGCAUGUGUAGCUCUUGGGUUGUAUUAGCCUUUUGCUGCUUGGGACAGCUGUGUGCAGAUCAAAGCCUGAAACCUCAGCUUGCAGCCCCUCAGCUUGCUACAAACAAUCCCACUCUUACUACAGUUGCUCUAGAAAAACCUUUCUGUAUGUUUGACAGCUCAUUGUAUCCAAAUAAAUCUUAUGUCAUCAACCUGUACGCAAUGAAGGAAUCAGCAAGUGUGAUAAGCUCCCUGGUGACUGAUAACAGGAGCAAACCACUCGACAGCACCUUCCAACAAACAAGCGGGGGGCAGCUUGGACCUUACAAGGCUGCCUUGUUCAAUGUACCCAGUUGCACGUCGCCUCCUAAGCUUGCUGAUGUAGGAGAUGUCAACAAAGUUUCCGAUGUCCUGAAACAAUACCUCUUCAGAAUUGGGGAUGAUGGGACUUGUUUGUAUGACCCAAACUUCCUAGCUGUCUGUAACCCACCUCUUGCACCAGACACGACAUACAGGUUUAAAUAUGUGUUGCUAGACAGCACUGAAGGUAUUGUGAAAGACCAGACUCUCUGGUCUGAUCCAAUCAAAACCAGAAGAGUUAAACUUCCCUUGAAAAUUGAUACCUGGCCUGGUCGAAGGAGCGGAGACAUGAUUGUCAUUACAUCAAUCCUGAGUGUUCUUGUGUUCCUUCUGCUUGCUGGCUUUCUUGCCUCUAUAUCCUCUGCUCUCAGGGGACCAGAAGAUUCUUCUGCAGAGACAAGGUGUGUGUCUCAGACUAUUCAACAAAGUGAACAGAGGCCACAGUUAAGCUCUGAGUGAACAACCUGAUUCAAGCGAAGGGUGGAAAUGCAAUUGAAUUGCUACAUGUGCUAGACCUAUGGGACUGUCUCUUCUACUCAACACUAGUUUAAACAAGCUACAGAAUGCAACCAGCCAACUGAAGAUGAAUUGCAUGGAUGAAAUAAGGACAACUUUUUUUGUCUUGUAGUACAUGAUAUCUUGUCUUGUCCUAAUGAGAUCUGAUUUAGUUAAUUGCCUUGUAUAGCACAUAUCAAAUGCCCAAAGAAUCUUCAUGAGAUCCUUCAGCGGUGUGAUCAGAGGUUGUCUAGUAUAUUCAUCUGGAGUAAGCACUACUGCAGGCCUCUCAUCUGCUUCUCAUGAACAGAUGAACCUGAUAUAGCUAUUCCUGUCUCAACCUUUUUCUAUAGUAACUGAUGAAGAAUAAAGAAAAACAGGUUGCUUUAGGAAAAGAUGUUCUGAGGGAAAACUAGGGAUUGAAAGGUAGACAACAGGGAGCUACUGCUGCUUCCUCAGGACUUUAGUGAUUCUUUCUAUUAUAAGAUUUCCCUUUUUUCCUCUCCUUCCCUAAAAGAAAGCAAGCAAGAUCAAAUUGUCCUGUAUGUACCAAAGUAAUUCUGAUCUCAAAUACUUAAAUACCCUCAAACAGCUUUGCAGGAAUGAAAAUUAACAAAAUCGUUUCAAAGAAGGCAUUCUUUCAGAGAUCCAUACAACUUGUUGGUAGGCUAGUGAAGGGAAGAUAUUGCUCUAGUGGGACACAUGAGUAUAUUCACUGUUGUCAGCCUUAGCCUCAUUUCUGACCUUUACCUUGGGCAGCUGCAAGCCAGCACUCCACAUAUUAGCAUCUAGACUGGUGAGGUUUUUUAAGCUAUCUCAGUUGGUGAUUAGAAAUAAAUCUUUGCCCCAGGAUUGAGUUAUGUACUGCUUUUUUCCAUUGAUGCCAACUUCCAUAUACAGUUUUGUGUCUACAAAAGACUUGAAGAUCCAACUUCAAAGCUGUACCUUAUUCCUGUUGCAUAUGUACAAGUAACUGUCCUAUUGCAGCAAGCACUUCUGCUAAGCACAGAGCUGUCACUGGUUGUUAUUGAU